UGACUGGUGCACGACGGGUUAAAUUCUGCAGUUUUUUGGAUGAUGCGCUUCGGCUGUCCCAGCCCGGAGGUGACUGAUUAGACUUUGAGCUGUGAGGUUUAUCACCAACUAACACGUUAUGCUGUCACUGAGGAGAGGUGUGAAAAUACCGUUUACUGCCUGAACGGUCCCGGGAUGGAGCCUGCUUAGAAUUCAGUGGAUAUUUUAUAUUCAUAUCUCAGCCUCCUGGGAUUCAGGUGGCCAAAAACAAAAUGCAGAUUUCAUUUUGAUGAUGACAAGACAAGAUGAUGUCAGAUGUUUCUCUUACUGCCUUUUGAAUUAAAACAGGAACAAAAGAACCAGCCAGGAUGGCGACAGUCUGUGUGAUCGCGUUCAGCUUUCUGCUUGCCACGGCUCUUUCUGCCCCUGUGAAAGUCAAUGAGGACUCUAUUACAUUGUUCCAUGGGGAGGAUUUCCACAUCAUGCUGCCCUCAGCUGGAUUGGACGUCACAUUUCGGAACAGGUCUGCUCCGAGGUCGGGUGAUGUUCACUUCAUGCAGCAUGGUGUCGUGGUCAACAGUCGGGCCAAACUCAACCAGCCCCUCAGCCACCUCAUUAUAGACGCUGUGGGCGAGGGAGACGAGGGCGUGUACACCGUCAAGAAUCCAGAUAAGCCGGAUGACGUCAGGCGCAUUGUGCUUAUAGUCCGAGAUUGUUCCAAUGAGCAAGUCAUUAAAUAUGGAGACAACUACCAUAUUCCCGUGUACGGGGUGUCUCCUCCCAUCACCCUGGAGUACAGGCCCAGCGCUGUGGAGGCCAACCAGACGUCAAGACCUGCUCUGAUGUUGCUGACCAGCACAGGGAUGUCCAGGGAGGGCUACCAGGGUCGAAUCAGUGUCAGCGAGCGCCAGGUCACCCUCAGUGCUGUCACGGGUGCAGACGAAGGUAGCUACACUGUCAGGGAUGCUAAAGGGGAUAUCCAGAGGAAAGUUUGUCUCAACGUCAGAGAGCACCAAAACUUUGUGACCUUGCCAUACGGUAAAAGACUGAAGAUCAGCUUGAUCCUCAACAGUUCCCUGGUCCAUCUUUACUACAGCCCGGACAAAAACCCUAUACCUCAUCUGCUGCUUGACAAGGGAGAAUUUACAAGUGCCCGAGCUGACUUGGGUCUCGAGGACCGUCUCACUAUGGAAGGUUCAUUGGUUUUUCUGGAUCGGGUCAAGGCAGCAGAUGCAGGCCAGUUCAAAAUCACUGACAUACUGGGGUUCCCUGUGUCCAACAUCCACCUGGAAGUUCUGCCUUACAAGCUGGAGACAUUGUAUGUGGCCAUCAUUGCCCUAUUGGGCCUGCUGGUUUUCCUUCUGCUGGUUUGUCUGCUGUCCUGCCUGAUCAAAGUGAAGAAGAGGGCCAAGAGGGCUGCUGCCCUGGAGAAGAUUGCCCAGAAUGCUGGCAAAGAGGACGAGGGAGAAGCCUUCAGACAGGUGGUCAAGAAUAUCACCAAACUCAGUGAAGAAUCCAAGCAUUCUCAGGCAGACAUUACAGAGAAAUCUCAGAGCACUGAGGUUGACAUUAAAGGUCUGGAGGUUUCUUCUAAAGAGGUUGGAGUCAAUAACCUCGAGACCAGUGACUCUGGCGUUGGCUUCAACACUGCCCUCCCACUGGACACUGACACUGAUGUCCCCGAUCAAAUCUCUGAGUCUGUGGCUGUAAGCAUCUCUGUUGCCCCUGAAACCAAACCAAGUCCACCAUCUGCUGCCGAGUCCAAGCCAAGCACUCAACCAAUUAUGGAAAUUAAGCCCAGUCCUGCAGUUGAAACUGAAGCCGAGACCAAGAAAACCCCCGAUCAGCCAGAGGAAGCAAAGUUGGGUGUGUCUGAACCAGCAGAUGUUAAGCUCAGCCCAGCCCCAAGCCCUGAACCCAAGGCUGGACUGAGUCCAGCUGAUCUAAAGCCUGCACCCAGUCCAAGCCCAGAGCCAAAACCAGCUGUUGCUAAAGCCACCACUCCCACACCUGAGCCCCCCAAACUGACCACACCAGAACCUAUUACCAACGGUACACCUGAGCUAGGUCCAGAUUCCAAACCAAGCCCAGAUCACGCUGAUAUUAUUGGAGAAUCAGCUCCAAAAGCAGCUCCUGUUAAAACCCCUGAAGUGGAGCUGAAAGCCAGCAAAGAUGGCAAUGAGGCUGAGGAUUCAACCACCGCCACUGCCACCUGAGAACUGCCCCAAAAAUCCAAAAGGAAGCCCCACAGAUUUUCUGCAACUACCACCACUGUAGACAAUUGAACACCCCCUACCAAAUAAUGAAGAAACCACUGAAACUGGGGCGAGGACUUCACUUCAGUUAAAUGUGUCUCAUGUCUGAACAAAGUAUUACCUUGAUAACGUUAUCUCACUUAUCUUAACUAACACGUAACCUUUGAGACUUUCUGGGUCAGAAAAUCUUCACACAACAAAUGCAGUUUGUUGAUUGUUAAACGUUUUAGUUGUGCACACCUUGCAGCCUAAUUUUUUGGUAACUUCACAGUAAAACAGUCAGACUUCAAAUUAAAUCAUUUGCAGAGUUUACAAAUAAAACAUAAGGUACACACAGGAUCUUCUCUAACAUAAUGAGAUAGUUAGAAGGGUUUACAACAUUUCAUUAGAUCAAGGACAUACUAGAUCUCCUCGCUUGACUUUAAAGGCAGAAUGGGUAUGGUUUGAUGGCUGUAGUUUGUAAAUACAGCAUUCAAAGUUGGCUCCUUUUGGAUGCUGCUAUUGGUUGGGAGCCACACACCCACCGCCCAAAGUCUGACGCCAAGAAACUUCCAUAACACACAAAAAUCAAUAAAUACAAGCAGAGGGCAAGGUCUCUGUAAACACAGACACCACCACCACACACUUCUAAGUGAUUAUUGAGAGGGAUUAUUUUUGUAUGAGUCUAUAUAUUGUUUUGUUUUGUUUUUGUUUAUUUAGAAAAAAACUCUUACUCUUCCUACUCUUUCUGCCUUUAACUAACUGUUUCCCAUCUAAAUGCUUGUUCCUCUAUAAGCAUGCGGAGAAAAAGGACAAGUUGCAUGAAAUUUUCAGCCAAUGUCAUCUCACCUCACCUCAACAGUUUGAUGUCAAUCUUUUGAUUGCACAUGAUUUGAAAAACGUUUUUAUUACACAAAUGACACUGUUGGUGGCAUUUUGUACAUAGCUUAAAUGUGGCUGUUAUAUUGCUUAUGCCGAUCCUCUGGCUUCAGAAAAAUAUGUGAAAUAGAUGAUCAUAUAUAGAAAAGAUUAGCUUUGCUACUUAAACCACACAAGAAACAUUCUAAUAAUACUAACCACACUAUUUAUAGUCUCUGAGAUUGAGAUUCAGACUCCCAGCAGUUCUUCUCCCUCUCAGAUGAUUAAAAUGCGCUUUGCAAAGUAAUCCCUGAAGUCUGGACCAACAACUCUAAUGUCUUUGAUCUGGAUUACCUAAUGGGUCUAUAUAUACAAUUCCUAAAGUUUAAUAUGAAGCUCAUGCCAGCUGCAACACCAAGCACUUAAUGGGACCAUCACAUUCCAGCACCGUGUUCCAUGUUCUGGUGUGGUUCAAGCUGGAAGUCGGGCUUUCCACAGGUGAAACCUUGAUUCGAAGUGUCUGGUAAAUUCACAUUGUUAGAACAUGUUAGCCGGUGUCUUUGUUUUGUUUUUCUUUAGUUGUCUUUCCCUUCCUGCCUCCAGGAUUUCCAUUUGUCUGUCAUUCCUUUUUUGACGCCCCCCCCUCCUCCUUUGCCAUCUUGACUUAGUUUUUCUGCAUGUUUGGCCCUCUAAAGUCUGUCAAAAGUUUGACCAUUUAUGCCUAACAUGCUUAAUGGCUCCAAAAUGCUCCUAUGAGGCCUUUAUCAAUGCCACAGCAUCGUCUGUCCAGAGCUGCUCAACAUCAGCACUAAUUGAUUUUAGUUGAAACUCCUCUAUGCUACAGAGGAGGUGUGCAGAUAAAUUUUAGUGUUACAAAAUGCAUGUCUCUACCUCAUGUUUAAACUGACCACUGAGAAACCAAUUACAGUCCUGGUUUGGUGCACUGAAAUCAACCAAAAUGGCCGAUUUUUUUUUUUUUUUGAGAGAAGCACAAAAACAACCGCCAUGAAAAUUACCAAUCAAAAGGUCAGUGAAAUGUUGCAAAAUUGUAAGAAGCAGGUCCAUCUACAACCAACCGGCCUUUCUUGGUAGCUUUUCUGACUAAUUUCUUACUAGUAGAUUAAUAUCAGGAGAUAUGUCAGCUUUUUAAAAAGCCAUAUGUCAACAUAGGUUUAGAUGUCAGAUUUGAUACAAAGAUAAAUAAAUGUAGUAUAUAAACUAAAAUUAAAAAAAUAAAAGGGGCCUCUGUGUUAAAUAGACCUAUUACAUAUGGACAAAGACAUUAUAAUGUAAAUCAUGUAACACUGAAUAUGCCUAAUUUCUAGCCCGGACCUGUGAAGAAACCGCAAACCCGUUUUGGCAGCAUUAAAAAUUGUCUUUAUACGUACGUAUAUGCACACACAGACACACAAAUCACACAUUCCAGCCGUGUAAAUAUUGCAUGUGUAUGCGACUUUAACCCCCUUAAGGCUGAAUGUUUUUAGUGUAUAGAACGGUUGUUGUAUCAUACUUAAUAAAGAAGUUAACUAAUGUAAAUUUCUCACAUAAAUCCAAAAUCUAAAAUACAUACACAUGCGUUACUAUAUACUGGAAACACUAAUACUCACUAACGUCUUAAACGAAUUUAACAACCAAAUAUUGUAAAAAUCCAUCAAGAGUAUUUUAGAUCUUUGUAGAUCAAUUAUCUGCUGUUAUCGCCAUUUCAACUUGAUGAAACUCACAACAUUCAGUAUCUCUCACAGUAGUUACAUGUCGUAUUAAAAUGUUUAACCUAUGCCACCCUAAAGCAUUGACUGCAGCAUGACGUGUCCUUAUAAACAGGAUUUUAUUGUCCUAAAGUUGUGUCUGUGUGUGUGACCAGAGGAGUGACGCUUUAAAGUGGCCAUUGUUGUACGUUUAGGAUUUCUGUGUUUAAGUGCGUACGUCUGUGAUGCACAGUGUGAAAGAUUCAUGUGUGUGCUGAGUCUAUGCAUAGGCAGUUUGUACAGAAUGAAAACAACUGUACUUUAUGUGUGCUUCUCCAUCUGUCGUGCGUAAGGUGUUCAUGUGCCUGCUUAAAUUGUCUUGCAAUGUGAAGAAAACAAGUGCUGUGUUUAAAUCAUGAGUGUGAAUGUGUUUAAAGCCACAGUAUAUUGUAAAAGAUAUUGUAACUUUGAGAUAUUUGAGUGACUCUUGUCUUUGUUUAGUGCCUAAAACAUAUAUCGGCUUGUGGGCCUGUAAUUAUCUGACACUCUUAAUGGCACCUUUUUCUUGAUAUUUGGGGAAUUCACGAAAGCGGCUUGCGCACCUGACUGAACAAAGCGAUACUGCUGACUGCGCUGUGAUAUGCUAAUGUGUUGGAGUUCUGACAUAAUGUGUCAAAACAAUGAAAAUGGUCUCCAGAUUAUUUUGUUCAUAAGGGAUAACGUUCAGCAUAGGAAAUGCUGAGUAUGCUCUGUUUGUAACUGAGGGUGUUUUCCAUUGCGUUAGCCAAGGAAGGCUCAGUUUGAAGUAUGUGAGUAAGUCUGUGGUAGCAGCAGAUGGAUGACAAAGCUUUGUGUGGGUAACCCUCAGGGUUAUGUUGUGCCGAGCAAUUGAUGAGGGACUGCUAAAAUAGCAUUUCCAUCCACCACCACUGCUGUGUGUUGUCGGUGAUUUUAAUACCAAGCCACUCAGAGUGAGUGGGGAUGUGAGGGAGACAGACAGAUGGUGUGUGGUGAGCGGGACAAGCCUUCUGUUUACACCUGACCAGCAUCUCCAAGAUUACUCAGCCUGUUGGGAUUGGAGUUAUUACAUUUAAUUGCUUUCAUACCCACUACUGAUAACCCACUAAUAGAAACCACUACUUUAAACACCACUGGCACUUCUCGCACUAUGUGAGUUGUCUGUGCCGUGAUCCUCUCUGUUUACUUCUGCUGUUCUGGCCUUGGUGUGGUGUGACAUCCCACAUGUUCUCUCUGUUGUCCCUUUUUGCACAACACUUCACACAGAUGUUUUGUAAAGAAAAAAAAUUUUUUCUUUAUUUUGUGUCUGAAGGAAAACUAAGAAUAAACACGCGAUGAUGACA